UGCAGCUGCUCCCUUGCAGCCUGCGGAGCCACAGCCUCACUGAGUCACAGCCAUGGUUUUCUGCAAACUACUCACUGUGCUGGUACUGAUCCACAACAUCGGAGGUUUGUUUGGAGCUGAGGUGAGGGUCUCUAUCGUCGGAGGAGAGGAUGCUCCUAAGGGCAGAUGGCCGUGGAUGGUCCACCUAAACAUAACCGAUGCCAGCAAAAAGAAAAACUGGCGCUGUGGAGGCACCAUCCUCAAUGAACAGUGGGUGCUCACUGCUGCACAUUGCUGGGAUGAAUACCCCCCACCUAGUGAACAUCGUUCAAUGGUUUGGGUUGGCUCACACAGCCUGCAACGUAAAUCUGAAAAGUACAUGAAUAUAGGAUCCUGCAUACUUGGCCCUGGAUACUAUCGCCACAGUAGUUACUAUGUGAAUGACAUCGCCCUGGUCAAGCUGAGGAAAAAGAUAAAAUUCAAGGAAAAUGUUCAAGCAGUGAAUCUGCCCACUACUGAGGACACCUUUGGUCCAUCAUCUGAGUGCUGGAUCAUUGGCUGGGGUCACGUUGAGAAUGGUGUUCCACUGCAGGAUCCCGAGACCCUUCAGCAGCUGAAGAUUUCCAUCAUCCCUUCAAAAGUGUGUAAGGUGCAAUAUCCUGAGCUGACCUCUAACAUGCUGUGUGCAGGGGACAUGGCUGGAGGGAAGGACGCCUGCGAAGGGGAUUACGGUGGCCCGCUGGUGUGUCGUACAGCCAGGGGCUUUGUGCAGGUGGGCAUCAUGAGUUAUGGGAGUCGUAAAGGUUGUGCUCUCCCAGGCCGCCCUGGCGUCUACACCCAAGUGUCCAAAUACCUGAGUUUCAUCAACGAGAACAUCCACCACGCUGAGGAAGCCUCAACUGAGGUCUAAACUUUCAUGAAGCUGAAGCUGCCCGAGUGCUCUCACCCGACAACCUGCCUUCCUCUCUAUAGCAUCGCUCCUGUGCUGUACUCUCAGUUCAUUUCACCUUUUUAUUAUGGUUAUGCUGUUACCCUCGUUUACUCAACUCCAUUCUUUGCAUUAAAGCUUUAAAGCAUU